AUAUUGGCAGAAAUGGAAUUUUCCAGAAAAAGUUGAAUACUUCUGAAAAGUUGAUCAUUGGUUGUAAUUGCAUCACAUUUCAACUCGAAUAUUUCACGUCAGUCAAAAGUAUCGUCACAUCCAUAAAUUAAAUUCAAAGUGUGAGUAAACUUCUAGAUUUCCCACAACUUUUUAAAUUAUUUUAGUGUAUACAUAUUUAGAAAUUUUAACCUUACAUUAUCCCCAGUAUAUUGCUGGUGAACAUAUUAGCAUUUUUAAUUGGAAAUGGCUUUGAUGUUAGCUUCGAGGUUGUGUAGAGCCCCAGUUUUGAAAAAAUCUGGCUUCUUGAAACAAAUAAAAUUUGAGAAUGCAUCUCGAACGUUUGCAAAUGAUAGCCGAGAUGCAUUGGCCAGAGAGGCUCGAAAAAAACGAGCCUCCCUCAAAGAGAAAAUUAUGGCCCCAGCUGGUGAUACAGCUUUCAAUAUUGGAAAAGGAGCAUUAGCAGGGGGAUCUGUUUUGGGGCUCGGUGCUCUUUGUUACUAUGGUCUUGGAAUGGGAUCUGAAGUUGGAGCUAUAGAAAAACAACAUCUAUGGCCACAGUACGUGAAAGAUCGCAUCAAAACUACUUAUAUGUAUUUUGGAGGUUCGAUAGUUGUCACAGCAGCAAGUGCUUUAGCGGCAGUCCGAUCCCCAUUUAUAAUGAAUAUUGUUAUGAAAAAUGGAUUUAUGGGAAUGGCUAUCAGUUUAGCUGCAAUAAUGGGUACUGGAAUCUUGGCUCAAAGCAUUGAGUAUAAAAAAGGGUUUGGGGCAAAGCAAAUGGCUUGGUUGCUCCACACUGGCACAUUGGGUGCAAUGCUGGCACCUAUGUGUUUUCUUGGUGGACCCUUACUGAUUCGUGCUGCUUGGUAUACUGCAGGAGUGGUUGGAGGUCUUAGCACUAUUGCUGUAUGUGCUCCAAGCGAGAAGUUCCUUUAUAUGGGCGGUCCUCUAGCUAUGGGCCUUGGAGUGGUUUUUGUGUCAUCCAUUGGAACCAUGUUCUUACCACCCACUACCGCUUUAGGAGCUGGACUUUACUCCAUUAGUUUGUAUGGAGGUCUUCUACUGUUUUCUGCAUUUUUGUUACACGAUACUCAAAGAAUUAUUGCCCAAGCCGAACGCUAUCCCUCUAGCCCUGAAUUGUAUGGAGUUAAACCUUAUGAUCCAAUCAAUGCUUCCAUUGGCAUUUAUCUGGAUACCUUGAACAUCUUCAUCAGAAUUGCCACCAUUUUAGCAGGUGGUGGACAAAAUAGAAGAAAGUAAAUGGAUUUGAUAUUCUGUUAAUUUAUUAUAUUUCUAUGUAUUUUCAAAUCUGACUUUAGUUUAAUAAACUGAUGAAAUGCUGUGAA